AAUUUAACCCAGAAGUGCAGGAUAGUUUUUUUAUACACACAUCUCUUUUUUCUGACAUUGCUCUUCCGUGCUAAUUGUGCUCUUAUUUUUUUUUUUAUCAAUUUAAAUGGAUACGAUGCAUAGAUGUACUGGCAAAACCUAAAUAAAAUAGAUUUAAAAUUUUAAUUAAUUAACUAAAAAUAAUAAUAUAAUGGAGUUUCUAGAAACUAACACUGAAAACAUCUCCAAUUCUAAUAAAUCAGUAUCAAAAACAGGCUUAUUUCUUAUUAGUGUCACAGGUGGUCUUGGGCUAACUUUGAGUAUUAUAUGUUUACCAUUUGUAAGCCCAGCAUUUAGAAAAGUAUGUUUACCUUAUGUGCCUGCCACUACUCAACAAAUAAAAAAUGUUUUACAAGCACUACAAGGAAGAUCUGGUACUUUGAUUGAUUUAGGUAGCGGAGAUGGACGAUUGGUUCUUGCUGCUGCAAAAAAAAAUUUUAUGGCUUAUGGAGUUGAACUAAAUUUAUGGUUACUUACAUACUCUCGAAUCGUAGCAUUCGCUCAAAGAUUGUCUUCUAAUGCUGUAUUCUAUAGAGAAGAUCUGUGGAAGCAUAAUUUAAGUAGAUAUGAUAAUGUCAUAUUAUUUGGAGUACAAGAGAUGAUGGAAAAAAUUGAAAAUAAGUUUAUAAAAGAACUGAAAAAUGAUUGUAGGAUUGUUGUUUGUCGUUUUCCAUUACCGAAUCUUACACCUGUAAAAAUUGUAGGGAGUGGAAUAGAUACUGUCUGGAUUUAUAGUAAACCAAUAUCAAGUUUAGAUAAAAAAUAAGUGUAAAUAUAUCUGGAGUAAGUUUGUAAAUAUAAAAAAGAUUUUUUAUUGUUCAAUUUUA